CCGCCAAAGGAUGUGACGCUGUCACGUGCUGCCGCUGUGUGAGAAGACACGUUGUUUAUUAGUCCAUUUCUUUUUCUUUUUCCUUUAGUGUGCGUGCUGUAGGGUUCUGUAAACGAUUAUAUUCUUCCAUAGGCACUUUAUACUUAGACGUAGAUUAUGUGCCAUUAUCAGCGUGCCUUGCUAUAAUCAACAGGUUGCACGUGGUGGUAACUGUGAACAGAACACAAUGAAGCAGGUGCGUUUUGCCAAUGGCGAUGGUUCUGAGAACGAGUCGUUGGAGAAAGAGAGUGAAGAAGCAGUAAACAGCGACCCCCCGAUCCAGCUGAAGCUUUUACCCCUCACUGAUCAAAUCCAUGAACUACAGACCAUAAUCAGGGACAAAACCACAAGUAGAGGGGAGUUUGUGUUCUGUGCUGACAGACUGAUUAGAAUCGUAGUUGAAGAAGGACUAAAUCAGCUGCCUUAUACUGAGUGCAUAGUGACCACACCCACAGGACAGAAGUAUGAAGGUGUGAGAUUUAAGAGAGGCAACUGCGGCGUCAGUAUAAUGAGGAGCGGUGAAGCGAUGGAGCAAGGCCUAAGGGACUGCUGCCGAUCUAUCCGCAUCGGCAAGAUCCUUAUACAGAGCGACGAGGAGACGCUGAAAGCUAAAGUGUACUACGCAAAGUUCCCGCCGGAUAUUUACAGACGCAAAAUCCUGCUCAUGUAUCCUAUCCUGAGUAGUGGGAAUGCUGUCGUCGAAGCAGUCCGAGUGCUGAUCGAUCACGGCGUCCAGGCUUCACGCAUCAUUCUCCUGAGCCUCUUCUCCACCCCGCAUGGAGUUACGUCCAUAGUUCAAGAGUUUCCAGAAAUCACCAUCCUGACCACCGAAGUCCAUUCUGUAGCGCCAACUCACUUUGGAGAGAAAUAUUUUGGGACCGACUGAAUUUUCAUUUGGAGACAGCCCAUUGAGUAUUUCUUUGCAUUUCUCUAAGUUUGGAAUUGGUUUGCGUUAUAAUUUAAACUAUAAAAUUUUUGAAAAAGUUUGAAGUGCCUUAGUAUAGCGUGUUAGAAGCGCAGUGCAUGGUUGUAUAAUGCAAUGGUUCUCAAAGCAGGGUCCGUGAAGCAUAGCUGGGGGUUACAGCAAUGGAAAUCACAAUCCGCCAUCAUCACAGUCUGACUUGUAGUGAAUGGGUUUAUUCUAAAGCUGUAAUAGGCAGAGGUUCUAUUUACUGGAUUCAAGAACAUAAAGAAUAGCCAGUGAUCGCUAGCUAGCCGUUUACUAUUUUUAGUACUUUAGAUACAUUAGUAUAACUCGUAAAUACAAAUAGGCGGCGAAUUAAAGGAACGUGUUGUAGUCUUCGCGUCGCUUCUACAAAUCUCUGGAACCGUAACGUGGAACAUUAAUGAUUUGUCAUCGAUAUACACGUCGACUGCCACACUGGCACUUCAGCUAACCACUUUUGACUAGUGCUAUGAACAUAUGAAGCACCUGAUCUGAAUUUGCCCCGGGGAAAUAAAUGUAUACUUCUCUGUCCAAACAUCAUACACGUUGUUUUCAUCUUCAUCGUUGUCUUUCAUUCGUUAUCAGUUCGUUAAUCAGCCCAGAGAGGGUGAGGGUGAACUGAAACUAGAUAGGUCAAGUUUGUCACAACAAACUUUGAUGUUGGCUUGGUAUGAAAGUUUAAAAUAGUUUCCGGUGGAAAUCUGAAAGUAACGUGUAGUUUUAAGAAAGAAAAAGAGCGACCGACAGCUAGGGUGCCGAUACCUGUAGCGCUAGAGCGAUAGCCAGGGUGCCGAUACUUGUAGCGUUAGGGAUUUCACAUUUGAAUAUGGGUUUCAUCCAAACGUCAAUAUCUCAGCAAGUAAGGUUUUCUACUGAUGGAAAGUUCAGGAAGGGUGCCGAGUGGUUAGUACGUUCGGCGCACACCUCCAGGGUCGGGGGUUCGAUUGUCACUGCCCUGCGUGUGUGUGUGCGGAGUUUGUAUGUUCUCUCCGUGCCGCGGGGGUUUCCUCCGGGUACUCCGGUUUCUUCCCCCAGUCCAAAGACAUGCACGGUAGGCUGAUUGGCGGGUCCAGAGUGUCCGUAGUGUAUGAAUGGGUGUGUGAGUGUGCCCUGCGAUGGACUGGCACCCCAUCCAGGGUGUACCCCACCUUGUGCCCCAUGCUCCCUGGGAUAGGCUCCAGGUUCCCCGCAACCCUGUAAGAUAAGCGCUAUAGAAAAUGGAUGGAAAGUCCAGGAAUAAAAAGCUCCAAUAAACAUCCAAAACACUGCACACGUUUAAAUAAGCAGUUCACCCAGAUGUCUUACGUUCAUAGACCUUGCUGAUGGGGUAUUCCCUUUCCAGAACCUACACACUAACUCUCCUCUGCUUUUCUAGAACUCAAUUAGAAAUCUUGUACAAUAGCACUACUUGUAUUGUUCUCCCCUUGAUAUAUAUAUAUCGCUUUGCUUGUAUUCCCUUCAUCUGUAAGUCACUUCUGAAUGAAUAAAUGUAAAUGGACGUGGAAUUUAUUCGAUUAUUUUCCUUUAAAUUAUCACCCAUCUUCAGGAGUGUAGUAAUCUAACUGUUUUUAAUGCAUAAUUUGAAUCUGUUAACGUGUAAUGCAUUGUACCAGAAGUGAGCACGAGGAUGUUUCAAAAAGAGGGAAGGUCACAUGGGAAUAUUACAUCAACAUAAUGACUCUUAAGAAAGGACAAAUAUGACAAAUACAGUUACACAUUUCCGUAAUACCAAGAAAAGCCUUAAGUCCAAAAAAAAAAAAAAAACACAGGAUGCUGAUAUGGAAUACAUUCAGUGUUACCUAGUGAACAGUGGCACUCUUGACUUAAGAUUACAGUACAAAAUUUAUGUGGAGAAAUGACAAGAAACUCAUGUCAGCUGCAGUGCCACACUGUUUCCUGCGCUCACCGGGUUCAGCUUAUGACCCCGAUAAGCCGAAUCAGCUGUGAUUUAAGCAAAUUACAGUCCCCUCCGAAACUAUCGGAACGGCGAGGCCGAUUCACUUGUUUUGCUGUACGUUUGCGUUCGAGAUCAAAAGACGGAUGUGAGAAGAGAGUUUAAGAAUUCCAGCUUUUUAUUUCCUAGUAUUUGUAUGUUGACGUGUGACAGGUUGAACGUAUGACUGACAGGUGCUCCUUGUUACCCAGGUGUGUCCCGUUAGAUUGAUUGUUUAAACAAUAAAUAGGUUGGUUUUAGCCUUCGGUUGCACCUGUGAAGACUGUUGCGUCUGUUGUUAAAAAAAAGAUGAGCCAACAUGAAGAUCAGAGAGCUGUCUAUGGGAGAAAAGCGAGGAAAAUCAAAUCAGAGGCACAAAGAUUGGUCGUAGCCAGUAGAGCAAUUUGGAAUGUUCUGGG